UUGCAUUUUUGCAACACAAGUUAACGGAAUUUCAUUACGAGCGGUUGUAUGGUGCGGUGAGUGGCACAGUGGGCCGAUAAAAUAACAAGAAAAGGCGAAACAACUACAAACAAAACGGAAGUGGGGGUAUAUGAAAAUAAAGUAUUUAACCAAAACAAAAAGUUUGAAAUUUUUACCAACGUAUUGUUGUACAUAUCCUCAGAAAGAGUGUGUAAGUGAUAAAUUAUUGCCAAAUCGGUUUUCUCAACGAGAAUUCAGCAUCUGGGCUGCAAGCAUUGAUUUUACCCAUCUGCAUUGGUCUCGGAUAAGGCGGCUGUCACAAGAAUAAAGCCCACACAGACAAACAGCAUUUCUAUAAGGGUGGAAAGGGAAAAAAUAACAGCAUUCCUGAUAAAUAAAUUAUCUUUGCAUGACGAUUUGCUUUCCAACGCAUGUACAAAAUGAAAAGCGCUCUAGGUACAAGACUGAAAAAUUGGAAAAAAGAGUAGUGCUCAAAUAAGAACGUGGGACUUAAACAGAAAACGGAAACUGCUUGAAAACCACCGAAAAUAUAGAGUAUCAGUUGUGACCAGUUCCACCGCCUACUCCGCACAAUUAAAGACUUUAAAUAACAAUAACAAUAAAUACAGACGAGCACAAAAUUAAAAAUAAAUUUACAAAAUGUCCUCACGUCUAAAGGAGAAAGUGACGGCUGCUAUAAGAAAGUUCAACAAGAGCCGAAGCCGCAGUGGCAGUGGUGAUAAGACAGCUGAGGCUGGAGGUGGCGCUACAAAUGGGAAUGGGUCUGGCGGCAAUGUCGGCGGCAACGCGUCGGCGAAGAAUUCAAACGGUGCAGGUGUUGCAGCUGAAUCGCCGGGUAGACGUGUGCGACGACAGGAUAACAAGGUGUCACCAGCUACCAGUCGAAUGGUAAUGUCAGUCAAUGUUCAACAUGCCCCCGAUCACAGUAUUCGGGCACGGCGCCUAAUGAAGGAAUACAAGGAGAUACAAAAGGUGCACAACAGUAAAAAGGAGCCGGUCUUCACGGUGGAGCUUAUAAACGACAACCUGUAUGAAUGGUACGCACGACUCCAUAUUGUCGAUCCCGAUUCGAAAUUGGCGAAAGACAUGGCCGAGAUGAACAUUCCAUUUAUACUCCUGCAUCUGGUAUUUCCCGAUAAUUUCCCCUUCGCACCGCCAUUUAUGCGUGUUGUCGAACCGCGAAUCGAGAAGGGGUUCGUAAUGGAGGGCGGAGCGAUUUGCAUGGAAUUGUUAACGCCACGCGGUUGGGCCUCAGCCUACACUGUAGAGGCGGUGCUAAUGCAGUUUGCAGCGAGUUUAGUCAAAGGCCAAGGACGUAUUGUGCGAAAAACAAAGAGUUCAAAGGAAUUUAGUAGACGAACUGCGGAAGAAGCUUUCCGUUCAUUGGUGAAAACACACGAAAAAUAUGGCUGGGUAACUCCCGCACUUUCCGACGGUUGAAUUGCUGUGCAUACAUACACAACAGUUGUAUACACAAGAGGUGUUGGAAAACAAAUAAACACGUCAAGAAUUAAAUGCUGGUCCAUUAAUUGGUCCAAAAAUAUACUCAUUAAGUUUAUUUAUUUGGCAUGUAUGUAUGUAUGUGGAGAUUAUAUGAUGUAUAUAUAAUAUAUUAAAAAAAAUUUAUUGAACUCGGUAUUUUCGUUAAAAAGCUGCCACAAAAAGAUAAUUCGUUUUAAGUAUGUAAUAGCAUUUGUACUUGUAUUACCGUAACGGUUUGCACAUUUAUAUAUGUAUACAUAAAGCAUAUAUAGCUUAAUAUAAAUAUGUCUUUCGUGUUUAUUUAAUUCUUGUCUGCAAAAAAUAUGGGGAUAGAAUAAGAUUUUUAUAAGACACCAUGUAACAUAAUAUACACUACACUAAUAACAAAUUGGUAAAUUUAUCAAUUCGCGAGUUCGCAAGUAAACCGAAAACCAUCCAGCAACAACCUAAAACUGUAAAUAUUUAGAUUAAAAACAAAUUAAUUGUACUUCAAACAAAAAAAAAACAUAAAUUCUAAUACAUAUAUACUAAUCGUUUGAAUAUGACCCUAUAUCGGUCCUUGAAUUGAAUGCGAAACGUGAAUUUUCAAACAUACAGCUACAUAUGUAUGCAACAUGGUGGUGUAAGUUAUUUUAAAUAAACUUAUUUUAUGUAUAGUAAGGUUUACAGUCGCAAAAGUCAAUGUUAAGCUUAUUUUACAGAUUUUAGUCAAUAAUUAUUAUUUCGAACGCCAUUGCAUACAAGUAUAAUUUGGGUAGGGGCUCACAUAGCAACGGAAAGCAACAAACAGUUUUCAUAAAACUCAAGAGUUCAAAAUUUUAGUUAAGUUUUGAAGCGAAGUACUAUAUACUAAUAUAAAUUAGUUAAGCAUACUGUGUUAUAGAAUUGGAAAGCCAAUAUUUUGUGAUUUGAUAGAUACUGAAUUAUAUUACCAAAAAAAUUAUUUUUUUAAUUAUUUAUUUAUGUUGACUCCAAAGACUAUUAGUACGUAAUCACUUAUUAAUUAUAAACACUCUAAAUAAAAUAAAUAUACAAUAAAUGUAAAUAUUUAUUGAAGAAUUACAAAUAUGUUUCUCAAAUGUAAAUCAAAUGCAUAAAAUAUAAACAUAAAUGCAUCUGGGAUGUGUCUACCAAUUAUAGUUAAACAGUUUCUUAUUUUUCAGUCUAAUAUAUACAACAAACGUUUAUAUAUUUUUUUAAAUUAGUUAAAAAUGCUUUAAAUAUAUAUUAGUAUUAGACAGACAUGUUUAUAAAGCGUAUUAAAGCAGACAAAGUUUUCUUCGUGAAUUAGGUUGUAAAAUGGUUUACGUAAAAUAGAAUUUGCCCUGCGAAAACAUUAUUCAGUAUUGUAUGAAUUUUGAGAUGUUUGCAUAUAGUUAUGUAUGUAAGCGUUCGUAUGUUUAAAAUAACUUAAUAAAUCUCUGAGUGUCAUAACAAA